UGAGGCAGGUCGGUGCAGCGCCACGAGUCGCGUUCCAGGCGCAGAGAUCAAUGCACCCGCCCCCUUCGUGCUUCGCCGACGUCGACGUCCACGUCGAGUCGGCCUCGUAAAUCCGCGAACGACCGGGAUGCGUCGACGGGUACGGGAUCGCGAAGCAAGUCCUCCGUAGAAUUUUCAUCUAAACGUGCAUGCGGAAAGAAUGGGAGAAGACGCGCCGGUUACGUAAGGAUUCACGCGAAAGAGAGGUGUGCCAUCGAUGACGAGGAUCUCGUCAACGCGCGAAGAAAUCUCAACGAAGAUGCUUGGUCAAGAGUGAAAGAGUUCUGUAUAGAAUGCCGUAAGGAUUUGCAAAAGCGUAGAAAAAAUUUUUUAUAAGGAGACUGGAAAUUACGGUUGUCCGUGAUUUUCGUUAGUGAAGAAAGAAAACAAUAGGGUGAUUCGGUGUUAGUUGGAAGCUUCGAGGAUAAUUUUGUCGAAGGUCAGAAACGUUAGAGAAAUCCUCGAAAUCGAGAGAAUUUAAGGAAUUCUUCUAGAGAAUGGAAAAGUCGUGAAUCUAGGAUCGGGAAAAUCUUUUGAGGAUUCUUUUCCUUUUGUCUUAGAAUCGGAAAGUGGCGAUAUUAACGAAGAAAUGGAUCCUACGGAAAUGGAAUCUGGAGUAUGCCCGUGUUCGUGAGGAUUUGAUCAUGUCGUUCUACAGCUGCUAGUUUCCACCGAUUCAUGAUAAAGCCGAACUCGACCGCGUUCCUCGUCUCCUGAUAAUAAAUGGUGACCUAGCAGAGUAGUGGAGGCGCGAGGGUGGAGUUGAGAACGGGCGAGAAUCGUUGCGAGAGAAGUGGAAAAUGACGGACGAGCGUACCGAUGAGCCAAGCUGCGCGGAGAUGCAGCUCGAGGCUGACGAAGACGACGGUCAACGCGUCAGAAUUUCCUGAACUUAUUAUUAUGAAUUUAGCAUGGAAGAAAGAGCAGCGAACGAAAGGAAAGAGAAGAAACGGUAAACGUACGUGUCUAUGCUCUCUCCAAGGGACUGUAAAUCGGAGGAACCUGGGAGAAGGGGUGGAGGAACUGUGGGGGUGUGGGCGCGAAGAAGAGGAACGGCCUGGCCGCUGAUGCGAUCAUGCGAAGUCCAUCGACCAGACGGAACACGUUUUUCCAACUGUCGUUUUCGUCGUUGGACGAGGAUUAAAGAGACUGUGAUGGGUGGGAAAGGGUGUGGAGGGUGAGAAGAAGACGACGAAGAGAGAAGGACGAGGGGAAGGAAGGGUGGAGAGAAGGAAGGAAGGAGAGUGCGCGAGAGAACAAGACGUAUCGACGGACACGUAGAGAGAGGGAUGUCGAGGACAGAGAGGCCCUUUCUUCGUGGAGUGUUCUCGACCCUGUCCCAAUUUCCAGGCUCGUGAUAGAGGCGAACUCGAAGGCGCGAUGCUACGGAUCAAACGGUUGCGAGAUGAUACACACCGAAUGGCUCAUAGUCGACGAAAGAAGACGUUAUAAGCUUGUUCACGGUAGAAGAGAGUUAUCGAGUAUAGUAAUCGAUUGAGGAGAGAUUGAAGGAAAGGAAAAGAGAAAAAGAAGGGAGGAAGCGGAACAAAUAAUAAAUAUUAGACGCGAAAGGGGCGAUGAGCAGAAGGAUAGAAACACAACAGGGUUCGGAUGCAUGAACUAUCGGUAGCGUGUCUAUAGGCAAGCAGAAUGUUCAAGAGCAGGAUCUUCCAGGGCGAUCUCAGCCCUGUCCCAAUUCCGGGCAGCCUGCAACAGUCCAGCCAGCAAGGUCAGCAGGGUGAACAGGAGUUGGCAACGAAGAUGCUACAAAUACAGAGCAAAAGAUUCUAUCUUGAUGUAAAACAGAACAGACGCGGAAGGUUUAUCAAAGUAGCCGAGAUCGGCGCGGAUGGAAGGAGAAGCCAAAUCUACCUGGCACUUAGCACAGCAUCCGAGUUUCGGAACUACCUUUCGACGUUUAGUGACUUUUAUGCAUCUCUAGGUCCGCCAAACUCGGAGAACGUGCCGGAUGAUGGGAAACUGAAGUCGGAAGUAAUGACGAAGGAUAACAGGCGGUAUUACUUGGACCUCAAGGAAAAUACUCGCGGCCGUUUCCUGCGGGUGAGUCACCCUGUGUCGCAGACGAUAACACGAGGAGGACCUAGGACACAGAUCGCGAUACCAGCACAGGGUAUGAUCGAAUUCCGCGACGCUUUGACGGACCUCCUCGAAGAAUACGGUACGGACGAUGGCGGUUUCAAGGGUGACUUACCAGAAGGACGGUACAUGCGCGUGGAUAGCAAGAAUUUCUAUUUUGAUAUCGGCCAGAAUAACCGUGGUAUCUACAUGAGAAUUUCCGAGGUGAAGACACACUUUAGAACAGCAAUCACCGUACCAGAGAAAUCCUGGGAGCGUUUCCGUGAUAUAUUCGCAGAUUACUGCGAAAGAAUGAGAGAAAGAGGCGCUGGAAGCAACGUCGGCAUGAACAGCGGCGGUGGAGGAAAUGUCUUGCCUGAGGGGAGGGGCUCGGUGGUGGCACAGGUAACACAGAAACCUGCUGGCGUAAAGAACAAAACGGAAAAGCGGCAGGCCGAUCAACGGCAACGCGAGUCCUUGAAACGACGCAAAUCCCUGCCACGCCAAGCAGAACCGUCCACCAUCAGUCCUGAAAAAUCCAUGUCCGCUCCUGCCUCUCAAGUCCCGACAACCACCGAUAUCCCGUUGUCUUCUGGUUCUGCUAUAACCACGUCAAGCACGAGCAAAAGCACGAUGUCCGAAGAGAAUGUUUCUAGCGGUUCUACAGCAUCACAGGAGAUUCAAGGCGUGCCGCGCUUAGAAACUGUCCAAGUUUAAAUAUCUGCGAUGGCGUUCUGUACGAGCACGCAUGCGUGCUGAUCGCGUGCAAGCGCGAGCGAAGGGCGCGUAAGGAACCGACAAAAGUCGGCGCGAUCCAAUUCAGAACGCACAGCUCGAGUGUAGUAUCGUUUAAUUUGUUGUUUUAUGUUCCAUACUUCAUGUAUCGCGUUUCACGCGUAGCUUCAUUUCCUUGUAAACAUACAGAUUCAUUCAAAUCUUACGGGAAUAGUUCGCUUGUUGAUUGUCGAAACGUUCAGAUUCAUUGCAAACGAACACGGGUUUCUAGUUAAUAGAGCGAAUGGUGGUGCGUGCGCGUGUAUUACAACACUUUUACCGUAUCAAUGGAGUUUUCUGCUAAAUUUUUAUUACUAAAUUUUUUAAUGUUUUUUAUCUUCUAAUUUUUCUAUUGUUGUUGAAAACUUUCUGCAUGCAAAUUUUAUCAAUCGUUAAAAGAAUAUAUAUCGAUAAAUUGUAAUUUGAAUUUUCGGCGCCAUUUUCCAAAUUUAAAGUUAAUUUAAUUACAUUCUCCAGACAAAUUUAGUUCAUUUCUCUCGAGUUGACGUGAUUAUAUCGUGUUGUUAAAAGUUUCUUUGUUUUUAAAACUUUGAAAAAAUUGAAGCAGAGAAAACAUUUAUAUGCGUAUCCGUUAACAUAUUCGGGAAACGGUAAUUCUUAUUCUUAAUAUCAAUCUAUCGAAAUUGCAUAAUGCACCAUUCUUUCCACAAUUUGGAAACAAGGGAACCCUACGUAAGUGUUGUUGAGCAGAGAAAAGAAAUAUUGAAUAACCUGAUCUGAGUUUCUGUUCUUUUUUUCUCAAUUGUUUAAGUAGAGAUGGAUCGGUAUCGUUAAAUACUUUGCUUGUUUUAACACGAGACGAUAAGUUUUGUAAUAAAGACGUCUGAUUAAUGGUUGGAUAUGACUUGAGAUUCGCGUACUACACAACAAACAUACAAAAUAAAAACCACCUGUUGUAUGCGAACUGUUUAAGUUAAUUAUUACAUUCUGUUCGAAACUAUUAAAUUUAUAUUAUGCAGCUAGACAGUGAUUUAAUAAAGGUACUUUCUUUUGAUACUACAA